GAUAAGGUUGAAAUACAUUGUAUCCCUGGAUAUCAGCCCUCACAGCAACAAAUGACAUGUGUGACGCAUGAUGAUACCAGCAGUAAAUGGGAUGUGUCUAUUCCCUGUUUCGCAUGACGCUGUGUCUGGUUGUCAUGCCGACGCUCUGGGCAGGCGCAGUGGUGCGGGCAGAACGCCGGUCAACUUCCGGUACAGUGACAUGUUCAGUCGGUGGUGGGUAUUUAAGAGCAGUGUCCCUGGCCAUAUGCAGAUGGAAUAGACAUAAUGUACUAUGCAAAUACCAAUUACUAUAACAGAAGUGCUACUAUUACGCUACAAUGUGUCACAGGGUAUCAGAAUUUAAAACAACAAAUGACAUGUGUGGCAAAACAAGCAGUAAUUGGGAUGUGACUGUCCCCUGCAUUGAACAGUGUCAAUCGCCUGAUGCAGAAGGUAUAAACAGAAGCUACUUUUCCAAUAACAAAUACUAUAACAGAGGUGAUGAGGUUAUAAUACAGUGCAUCACUGGCUAUCAUCCUGCAAAACAGCAAAUGGCUUGUGUGGCAAAUGGUGACAUAAGCAGUAACUGGAAUGAGUCUUAUCCUUGUGUUGAACAGUGUCAAUCGCCUGAUGCAGAAGGUAUAAACAGAAGCUACUUUUCCAAUAACAAAUACUAUAACAGAGGUGAUGAGGUUAUAAUACAGUGCAUCACUGGCUAUCAUCCUGCAAAACAGCAAAUGGCUUGUGUGGCAAAUGGUGACAUAAGCAGUAACUGGAAUGAGUCUUAUCCUUGUGUUGAACAGUGUCAAUCGCCUGAUGCAGAAGGUAUAAACAAAAGCUACUUUUCCAAUAACAAAUACUAUAACAGAGGUGAUGAGGUUAUAAUACAGUGCAUCACUGGCUAUCAUCCUGCAAAACAGCAAAUGGCUUGUGUGGCAAAUGGUGACAUAAGCAGUAACUGGAAUGAGUCUUAUCCUUGUGUUGAUAAAGAAGACAAGAAGUACAACUACUUUUAUAUAGUGGUUGUCCGGCUAAUACUGGGGAUACUGGUACUUAUCAUCAUGUUCUGUAUUUUGGGAAUAGAGAUUAUGACAUGGAAGCCAGGUGAAAGUAAUACAAAUCCCCUGGAAAAGGAACCAAAUCAUCUGGAUAACGAGGAGACGGAGAACCUCUGAAUUUAUACAAUGUUGUCACACACAUCCCUAUAUCCUGCUCAAUGUGUUACUUGUUAUAGCCGGAAUAACGUGCAACUCACUAUUAAACAAUAUUUUAGUGUCACA